CAACUCCGACGACCCACGAGUUUCCCAGUCCAAAAUGUCGAGCACCCACGGCCACGGGGGAAUCAGCGGCGCCGGCUACUGCGCAACGACCAAAUCGUUUGCCAGCCUUCGCCCGCCGCAGCCGCUGCCGGCGGCGGAAGUCCCACUCACAUUCCCGGCCUUGGUGCUGUCGCUGCUGCCGUCGCCUCUCCCCGCCCACCCCGCGCUCCUGGACGCCGCCACCGGCGAGGCCAUCUCCUACCCGGCGUUCCUGUCCCAGGUGCGCGCGCUUGUGGGCGCCCUGCGAUCGCGUCUACUCCCGCUCGGCCGCGGCGACGUGGCCUUCGUCCUCGCUCCCGCGCGGCUCGACGUGCCCGUGCUCCACUUCGCCCUCCUCGCCGCCGGCGUCAUCGUGUCCCCCGCCAACCCGGCCCUCACCGGCGGCGAGGUGGCGCGCCUCGUGUCCCUGUCCGGCGCGUCCAUCGCCUUCGCUGUCUCCUCCACCGCCGCCAAGCUCCCCGCCGGCCUCCCCACGGUCCUCCUGGAUUCCACGCACUUCCGCUCCCUCCUCCACCUCCACGACGGCAGGGAUGAAAAGGAGUCGGUGCUCCAGCCGCUGGAGCUGGACAAUGGAGUAGUGUGCCAGUCGGCGACAGCGACGAUCCAUUAUUCCUCUGGCACCACAGGGCCGGUGAAGGCGGUGGCCGUACCGCACAGGAGCUUGAUCGCACAGGCGUUGGGGUUCCACGCCCUGCACCUGCACGUCAAGUCGCGGAAGGCCAAGGAGAGGACUCUGAUGGGUGCUCCCAUGUUCCACGCCAUGGGUUUCUUCUUCGCGCUCAACGGGCUGGCGCGGGGACUCACCACCGUUGUGAUGACAGACACGGGGACGGGGUUAAGGGGAAUGCUGGGGGCAGCACAGCGGUGGGAGGUGACGGAGAUAAUGGCGUCGCCUCCCGUGGUGCUGGGGAUAACCAAACACCCGCGCCGGCUGCCGAGUCUGCUGCGGGUGAUCUGCGGCGGCGCCCCUCUGCCGGGAUCGGUGGCGGAGCAGUUCCGGCAGCGGUUCCCUCACGUGGAUCUCUGCGUGGGUUAUGGCUCAACGGAGACUGGGGGCAUAUCCUUGAUGAGCAACCAGGAGGAGUGUUCCCGCGUAGGCUCCGCCGGCCGCAUCUACCACAACGUCGAGGUGAGGAUCGUCGACAUCGUCACCGGCGAGCCCUUGUCGGUCGGCCAGAAAGGGGAGCUGUGCGUGAGAGGUCCUUCCAUCAUGACAGGUUACGUAGGCGACAACGAGGCGAACGCGGCCGCUUUCGAUUCGGAAGGCUGGCUGAAGACGGGCGACUUUUGCUACAUUGAUGAGGAUGGGUUUGUGUUCAUUGUGGAUAGGCUCAAGGAGUUCAUCAAGUACAAGGCCUAUCAGGUCGCACCUGCAGAGCUGGAGCUUGUCCUGCAAUCACUGCCAGAAAUUGCUGAUGCCGCUGUUAUGCCAUAUCCCCAUGAAGAGGCAGGAGAGAUACCAAUGGCGCUCGUGGUGAGGCAACCCGGAAGCAAGGUCACUGAGGCACAAGUCAUGGAGCAGGUGGCGAAGCAGGUCGCGCCGUACAAGAAGGUGCGCAAGGUGGUGUUCGUCGACUCCAUACCCAAAUCGCCGGCUGGGAAGAUCUUGAGGAGGCAGUUGUCAAACCUUGUGCCGUCGUGUCAUGUGUCAAGACUGUGAUGAAGCUCGAUCGUGACCAUCUUCCGUAUGUGUUGCAAUGGGCAAAAACAAGAGUUGCAGGCAUGCAUGGUCCUAAACCGAUACAAUAAAAUUUAAAUGGAUGGUAAAUCACGAUUCCAUUUCCAUCCCAUUGUAUAUGUUGUAUAGAUUGAAACUGUGGACUGCUCAAAGUUAUUGCUCAAACCUUGCAGUGCUGUAUUCGAAUUA